AUGCAAAAACAAAUGGACAUACCUGUACUCAAAUUAAAGCAAGACGUCCUCACAAGGUGGAAUUCCACCUAUGAGAUGCUAAACAGAGUUUUGAAAAUUAAAAAUGCAAUUAUUGCAACUCUUGCGUUAAUGAACAAUAAUUUAUCUUUAACAACUGAAGACUGGAUCGUAAUUGAAAGAGUAGUACCUAUUUUAAAAAUUUUUAAUGAUAUAACUGUUGAAGUUUGCACAGAGAAAACUGUAAGCUUAUCAAAAGUAAUUGUUUACUGUCGUCUAUUAAAACAACAUGUUAAUGAUUGUUUAAAACUAAUUGAAACACAAACUUUCAUCGAAAAAGAAAAUUAUUUGGUAGAUAUUCAUAAUUUAUUAGAAACACUCCGUUCCGAAAUUUACAAACGUUUUAUGAAUAUUGAAAAAAACUUUCUUUACACUAAGUCAACAGUACUUGAUCCUCGAUUCAAAUAUAAAGGAUUUCGGGAAGAAGUUAAUUAUAAAAAAACAAUUGAUGGUUUGAAAUCUAAAAUUGUAAAUACCAGAAAUGAACUUUCAAUUAGUUCGUUAGUUGUUAAUUCCUCCACUACUGUGCAAACAGAAGUAGCUUCAAUAACAGCAUCCUCGUUAGCUUCUGAUAAAAUAAAAACUGUAUCUAUUUGGGAUAAAUUUGACCAAGAAAUAGCAUGUUUGACACCAGAAAACAGUACAGCAGCCGGGAUAGUUGAGCUUGACAUAUAUUUACAUGAACCUAUCAUGAACAGAAAUGAAAACCCCCUUGAUUGGUGGAAUUCGCGAAAAAAUGUAUACCCGAUAUUGGUUAAAUUCAUUUUAAAACGCUUAAAUUUAGUCGCAACUAGUGUACCUUGUGAGCGCGUUUUUUCUAAAGCCGGUCUUAUUCAAACUGAAAAAAGAUCAAGAUUAUCUGCAAGUAAAAUGUCUCAACUUCUUUUUAUAAGCGGCAAUCUUCAAAAUUAA